GAGCAGCCGAGUGAGGUGAGCUGACCUGUUGGCCAUGCUGUUGCUCAUGUACUCGCCAACAUACGUUGCUUUUGAGCGCGUAAACGCGAAUGAAAAGGAACACAAUUUUAGCGAAGAGAAAUUAGAAUAUUAGCAUAUUCGACAGUUAGAGUACAAAGUCCUAAUAACUCAGUUGAUGGCUUCUCACUUCACCUACCACUUCAGCAACUCAUUUUAAAGAAUACUCGUUUAAUUAGAACUUUUGUUGUGCAAAAAGGGAGUCACAUCCGAAGAGUGUUAACGACGGACCCGCAAACAAAGAAACAACAGCCAAAUAAUGCAGUGGCACAGACUAGCACAAUCAAAACAUGUAAAUAAGACUGAUUACUUGUCGCCUGCUCUGAUCAGCGCGCCGCAACCAGGCAGCCAAACCACACACGCAUACACACACAGGCGCGGCACACAGGGGCAAGCGAGCCAGCAAGUAGGCAGAAAAGGCAGCCAGGCAGCAGGCAACUAGGCAGCUAUAUGGCCACUCGCCAGUCACCAGGAACGUGGUCGCAUCAGUGUGCGAAUGACUGAUUGACCGAUCGGACGAAUUAUUGUCGUUGUAACAAGCAAGCAAGCGGGUCGCUUGCCGUACCCCUAUACCCGGAAAGUGCUAUCCCCAACCACUAUAAAGCUGCUAAAGUGUUGACAAUGUGACUAGAGUUAAAAUGUAAAAAACUUAGUAAUCUAUACUUUGGAAAUAAAUAUCUCUAGUAAUUGAGAGUUCUUAAAACAAAGUGAUUAACUACGAAGUAAAAUUUAAGAGUUUUGAAAACCAAAAACAUCAAAUAACAAAAAUGUGACACACAUCAUUUCACGCAAAUCCAAAAGAAAGUGUGCUACUCAGAAUAUCAGUGAUGAAUUUUUGAAAACAAAAAACAAAGAAAUAAAAUAUUUAAUUCGAAGAAAAAAGCAUCUGCCUGCACAAUCAAGAGGAGUUAAAAUAAGCAACGCAUUUUAUGUGCGAGAAAGCAGUGUUCAAAAUUGGCGCCUACACUGCUUAUGGAUGAUACGAGACGCUCACGCGCUCACUAAAAACCAACGCAAAGCAGGAGCAGCGAGCAUAUUAAAGGCGUUAGAAGACAGCAGGAAAGCACUGCUGCAAUUAUAAAUUCCUUAGUAACUCCGCGACAUUAGCUAGCAGCAAAAUGAUAAGUGGCGUCUCCAGCUCGACAUUGGGUCGGGAGGAAGAGCGCAAGCCGCUAAUGGCCGCGUACAUGUUCCAACGGCGCGUACUACUCGGUUGCAGCAUGCUGAUGGUGGUCUCGUUAGUUAUGUGGAUCGUAGCCAUUUCUACGGAUCAUUGGGUUAUUAUUACGGGUGGAAAAGGCAUAUUCAUACCGGAGACACGUCGUUUCUUCAUGUACUCGCACUCCGGCUUGUGGCGUCAUUGUCGCUACACCACAACGCCCAAUGCGCUCCCUACCGCCAAUGUGGUGCGCAACUUCACCUCAAUAGCUUAUGUAAAUCCCAGUACGCUCCUUGAUGCCAAACUAAAUGCAUCAAAUCUGAACUUCGUACGUGAAUUCAGCGAAGAAAUUGUGGAAAUGCCAAUGAAAAGUUUCACAGAGUCAGCUAAGCGACGUAUGUUUGCUCAUUGGGUACGUAAUGACGAGCUCGAAUUUCAGACAUUCAAAAAAGCAUUUCAAAAUCUGGUGUUAAAUACAAAUGCAACACGUGCUGAAAUAAUACCAGCGCCAGCUAAACCCAUUGCAAUUGAUCCACUUAAUGUGCGAGAUAUUGAAGCCCGACAAACAUUUGGUUCGGCAUUGCAAAAGGUGAUGGUUAAUUCGACGUCGUACUAUUUUGUCAUACCAGAAGCUGCCCAAUUGGCGAUAUUUCAGGGUUGGAAUGAGAGGCAAUAUGUGCCAAAGCUUUUUUGGCCUUUUGUGCGUGACUUGGGCGUACCGGCGUUUGUGUUGAAUGAUCAUCAGGUGAUAUUACAGUUGGUGCCACCACUGCCACCAAGUAGCGGCCGGGAAGCUAAUGGUUAUAUAUAUCAAUCAACGGAGCGUUGCAAGUAUAUCGACAUGUUUCCAAAUUCGAAUGCGCUGCGCAGUGACCCCGGCAUUGAUGUUGAGUUAAUGGAUUAUAUACGAACACAGGCUUCUUUCGCCUGUAUUACCGUCUUUGUUAUGGGUCUCGGCUCGAUUUUCUCAUUUUACACUUUCAAGAAUCCGCGUUACAUGUUUAAGCGGCUGGCAGGUGGUAUUCACUUGGUGUCGGCAUCCACUGCCGUGGUAGUCAUACAAGUGCUAAUUUCAUCCGUAGAUUACACUAGGACACACUUGUUUUAUGCUUAUCCCGAUGGGGCGAAACUUACAUACGGCUAUGGAGUCUACUUGGCUUGGUUUACUUUUGUGGUGAACCUUGUGUGCGGUUUGCUAUUCAUGUGGUACUCAGGCAAGAAGAAGGGUGCCAAGGCACCGAACGAUGAAGUAGCCAUGGCUGAUGAGCCCACAAUAAUGGGAAGAUAAUAACCUCAACUAACUAGCUUUAUCUGGCAUAUAGAAAUGAAUAAUGCCCACCGAUCAUCUGUGUACCUUAAGAUUCUCACAUUAUGCUCCAAAACUGGACCAUUUUCUGGCGAAGCAUUAGGGAAAUUGCCUCUUCAUACCAAUGCUUCCUUUUACUGAGACUAAAGAAGUAUUCUUCGAAUAAAUCAAAUUAGAACAUCUCAAACUUUUAUACUCAAACAACAGCGGCUAUCGUUGUUUAGAAAUUGAAAUUAGACAGAACUUUUUGGGAGUAAUUAGUUAUAUGCUAAUGUACAUUUCGUCCCCUUAGUAUAACAAUAGCCUAUGUGCUCAUAGGCUAUUAUUUUUUUAUUGAAUUUUUGGAUUCUCCAUCGUCGAUUUUAUAUGUGGUCAAAAUUUUGUCAAAUUCUAUUUCCACAAAGUGGGUCAAAACGUCAGUCAACAAUAAUAAAUAUUUACAGACAUAACGAGAGAGUGAGAGCUACUUUCGACAAAAAGUUUGAAAUUCAUUUUCUCAAAACAUCAAAAAAUGUAUAGGCUAUUUUAAUACUAAGGGGACGAUUUUCUAGUUCCUAUGUGACUAGUUUUGUAAGAAUAUUGAAUGAAAAGAAGCAAUUUUUUACAUACUUAUGGAAGUAUGUAGAACAUAUAUUUAAAUGAGCAAUCAAAUUGAAAUUAAAAAGUCACUAUUUUUAAAAAAAUAAAUGUAUGUACAAUUUUGUAAAAUAUGCUUGUAUGUGCACACACUUAGGGCACGUAAGUAUGUGCUUAUAUGUUUGUAUGUGUGUUUAAACUUGUUCACUGUUGAAUUAAAUUAUUAAGCAAAUUAUUGCAACUGAAAAAAAAAUAUUGUGUAAGAAAUUUAUAAAUGCACAUGUACAACUUAAUUGAAGGCAGAAGUUUUGUUCAAAUGCAAACUUGACGAUUUAAAACUAUUCUAAGCGGCUGUACGAACAUAAGUUUCUCUUAUUGCCUUUUUCUAUUUAUAAUAAACAAUUUAUUCAUAAUGGAGUCA